UGUGCUGACACGGCGGCGGAGGACCCUCAGAUCCACUAGUAAUCACCACUGGCUCCCACUCUUCCAUGGUCUCCGCUUGAAAAACCCACAACAGCGCUUCCUAUUUUCCAUUGGGAGUGAAACUUUAAAGACUGAAGAAGAAGCAGAGCCAUGGAGGACGCCAUAGCCCCAUGGAUAUAAACAACACCGACGGCAGAAAGUAGCUCCACCGCCGAAACCACAGAGAAGCAGUCGGUGCUUUUUUACGCUCAGAGGGAAAGACGGCAUCCGGCCUGAGAAGAAGCUCCGAGGUCGGGGACUCCGGACGGAGCAACGCUCAUCGUUUCUGGCCUCCCCUUCCCGAGAGCUCCAUGGAGAAGAUGAAGCGUUUCAAGCGACGCCUGUCUCAGACACUACGAGGCAGCCACACUAUUGAUGAGUCGCUGUCGGAGUUGGCUGAACAGAUGACCAUCGAGGAAAAUGGGCUGAAGGACAGCGAGCCCAUCGUGAGGAAUGGACGGCCACCGUCGGCCCACAGUGUCCACUCCUUCCUACACCAGUACACGGGCUCCUUUAAAAAGCCUCCUCUGCGACGGCCUCAGAGCGUCAUUGGCGGAGGCCUGGGCUCACUCAUGGUCAUGCCUCGUAAUGGCAGCCGCCUUGAUAUCGUCCAUGAGAAUCUGAAGAUGGGAUCAGACGGAGAGAGUGACCAGGCAUCAGGGACCUCCUCCGAUGAGGUGCAGUCGCCGACGGGGGUUUGUCUGAGGAACAGAGGGAACAGACGCAUCUCUGCUGAGGAUCUGAACAAGCGUCUGUCCCUGCCGGCUGACAUCCGAAUACCUGAUGGAUACCUGGAGAAGCUGCAGCUGAGCAGCCCGCCAUUUGACCAGCCGCUGAGCAGACGCUCUCGCCGAGCAUCACUGUCCGAGAUUGGAUUCGGGAAGCUGGAAACCUACAUCAAACUGGACAAGCUGGGGGAGGGCACAUAUGCUACAGUGUUCAAGGGGAGGAGUAAGCUGACGGACAACCUAGUGGCACUGAAGGAGAUCAGACUGGAGCAUGAGGAGGGGGCGCCGUGCACAGCUAUCCGAGAAGUGUCGUUAUUAAAAGACCUGAAACAUGCCAACAUUGUGACUCUUCAUGAUAUAGUCCACACGGACAAGUCGCUCACACUGGUCUUCGAGUACCUGGACAAAGACCUGAAGCAGUACAUGGACGACUGUGGGAACAUCCUGAGCAUGCAGAAUGUCAAGAUCUUUCUCUUCCAGAUCCUGCGGGGUUUGGCAUACUGUCACAGACGGAAAGUUCUCCACAGAGACCUAAAACCCCAGAAUCUACUCAUCAAUGACAGAGGCGAACUCAAACUGGCAGACUUUGGCCUAGCGAGGGCCAAGUCAGUGCCCACUAAAACCUACUCCAACGAGGUGGUCACGCUUUGGUACCGGCCUCCUGAUGUGCUGCUGGGCUCCUCAGAGUACUCCACACAGAUUGACAUGUGGGGUGUGGGCUGUAUCUUCUAUGAGAUGGCUGCUGGCAGACCCCUGUUCCCUGGUUCCACUGUGGAGGAUGAACUGCACCUCAUCUUCAGGUUGCUCGGUACUCCCAGUGAGGAAAGCUGGCCUGGAAUAUCCUCUAUCGAUGAGUUCAAAUCCUACAAGUUCUCCAAGUACAAGGCUCAGCCCCUCAUCAACCAUGCACCCAGCCCUCUAAUCAUUGGAUAUGGAAAUGAGCAAAUGUUUCUAAUGCAACCCAGGCUGGACACGGAUGGCAUCGACCUCCUGAUGUCAUUCCUAAAAUAUGAGUCAAAGAAGAGGAUUGCUGCUGAUGAAGCAAUGAGGCAGCCAUACUUCAGGAGCCUGGGGCCACGUGUGCACACGCUGCCAGAAAACAUAUCCAUAUUUACACUGAAGGAGGUCCAGCUGCAGAGGGAUCCCGGCUACCGGAACUCCUCCUACCCAGAGUCAGGCAAUGGAAAGAGCAGAAGACAAAGCAUGCUGUUUUAGAAUUUCUGGACUGUAUUUUCUGUAUUUGAGAAGGAUCUCCUGGCUGUACAGUUUUGCCAAUGGAUGCUGGCAUGGAGUGGGACAAACCUCCCAUCAUUUCCUUCAUCAUUAUCACUCCCCCAAUAUGACUUGGGGAACUCGUCCACAGUGCAACCUUCUCCUCCUCAUCCUCCUCCUCCCUCCAGGUUUGGCCUGGCCCAAAAGAGACAUUUAUAUACUGUACAGCUAUAUUUAUUAAGAGAAUUUGCUGCUAAAUCCAACUACUGUCUAGAAUUCUAAUGGGCUCAGUCACUUUAAUGAGUACAUGCAAUUUGUAUAGAUUUUUAAUUUAAAUUUUUUUGAAGUGGUGGUAUUUUUAGUACUUUUUUGGUCAUUAUCUCCAUUUUCAUACAUAAAACUCCACCUCGAUGCUCCGGAGUAUGUGUGCAUAAGGCAAACAGAGGAACAGAGGGAUGUUUCUGUAGCACAUUGACAGGUUUCAUUUGUUUUGUUUUUUUUCUCCACUGUUCCUGCCAUUUGUGACUAGUUCCUCUUAAGGUUUUUAGGGCAGCUCUGAUACGGAUACAACUGAUUUUUUUUUUGCUUUCGGUGAAAGCAGAUCACACUCUUGCGGGAUCAUUCCAGGAUGCUGUGAUCUGUAGUUGUGACCAAUGAACAAAUGCAGGGAAACCAAAAGGCAAUGUAGAGUUCCUACCACGGGCAUUACAAAAUUAAACGUCUCUUCUGGUUAACUGCAGCUCCACACCCUUGUUCCUUCCCACCUCAUUCUGCAAAGUGUUGGAUUCUGAAGUGCAUUACCGAUGUGUUCAUCCUUCCCAUUCCCGAGUUCAACUAUAAAACAGAUCCUUAUGUUUUUUUCUGGGUUGCCUCUGCCAUCAUGUUCCUUGCCUGCUCUGUCAUAUGAGGAAGCACACCACCGCUGAACUCCUCUUCUUCAGGGAGCUCGAGCUCUAGUCCUGCCCUUAGUGAACACAAUACUGAGUCACAGUCUAUUUAACAGUGUUACAAGAAAUGUUUUGUAUGAUAUUCUUUAACUUUAUUUGUGAAUCAUUGUUACUGGUGCGGGAUGUCAUUGCUGAUGCCCUCCCAUAUUUGAGUUUUUUCCAGAGUAAAGAAAAUUAAAUCUUAAAGUUUAAAAGAAAAUCAUUUGCUCUUUUCAUUUUUUUCUCUGUAAUUAUAAAGGCAGUGUUCAAGCAUUCAAUGCUUCAUUUAUUGAAAAUAACAAGACAUUCUUCACAUACAAAACCAUACAGAAUACAUACUGUAUACCAAGUCCAGUAUAAAAAAAAACAAGUGUUACAAAGGCUUUUUUCUUUGAUUUAAAAUCUCGUCUUCAUUUAAAGAUUUUGGGGAAAAAAACAUGACAAGGCACAGCCGGUACUAUCUGAGAAGCAUAGUGCAUAUAAUACAUACAACAUCAAACAUGAAACCACCAGUUUCACACUAUGACCAUGUUAAGAAAAGGAAGUUUUUAAACAGGCUUAAACGACCAAGCUGUCUGCACAGAACAGAAAGCUGAAGUCCCUCCCCUGGUGGUGCCCCAUCAGACAAUAUUACAGUCAACAGUAAAAGAUAGGUGAUUAUUUUUGAUCCCAUUUGUGUUGUGUAUCAAUUACACAUAUGAUGUUUUUCAGUUUAAAAGACAAUGUUAGUCUAUAAAGCAGUUUGUUGUAAAACUGUUGAUGUAUCAAACUGUGAAAAUACAUAAAUAUAAAGACUAUACACCUGAAACACAUGGAGGUGACGUCAUUAUAAUGGACAGAGUCGGAAGAUGUCUCUGCAGCUUCAGCAUGACCAGACUGGAUGGAUUUACACCUCUUUAAUACUUUUUCACCUCCACCUCGAAGAAGAAGGGAAAAUGCACAAAGACAGUGGUUUGCUGUUGGUGACAUGUAUCACGCGGUAUCACGCGUGACAAAACAUGCAGUUUGUUCAGCUGUUCAACACAAAACUAGAUGUUUCUUUACUAUCUUUAAUUGUGACUUUUGUCUUGAAAUGAUCUUUUACAUUGAUAAACAAUUCAAACGAUAAAAAAAAUUUGUCCCAUCAUUAACCGUUGUUCCUAUUUUUUCUGAAGUUAGUUUCCAUGAGGCACAGCAGAAAGGGUGGGGCUUCGGCUCUAUGAGCAGCUGGUGAGUUUUUACACGUCACUACUGUCCACAGUGGACAGAGUCAUGUGGAAUUGUGCUGUAAUUAAUCACAAAGAGCCAGACGUCUCAGGCUUCAUGGCAUAUGGCUUUUACCAAGUGCUUUCACCACGAAUCUGAAGGAACUCAAGUGCAAAAGUGUGAGGUCACGUUAUGUUUCAUGGGAGUAAAUGAAAGUUGACGGCUGAUGAUGAGGAUGACUGUGACAAACAUGAGAUGGAUGAAAGUGAGUGGGUUUUAUCUUCUUACACAGACCCUGGAUCAGGAUUUGUGGAUGGUGGGGGACAUGAGCAUGGAGGCGGGUGUUCCUUCCAGGUUUGGCAGGGGGACAGGCAUGUGUCCGUUGAUUAGGCUGGGGAACUGUGGAGGAAAAGAAAAGGGCUGAGCGUUAGCGAGUAGGGGACGGAGGCGGUGUGAAAGCUGCUUUCCGAAGAAGAAGUCAACACCAUUUGUGCACACAGAAUCCGGGUCUGUGUGUGUGCAGAUGCUUAAAUGGGGGUGUGGUGUGUGUGCUUCACAAAUGAGGAGCAGCUCUCAAACCAGUCCGCCCUGUUCAGACUGGCUCCCCUGGGCUCAAACAGGAAGUAUUCACAGGAUUUCCUUUCCCUCUCACAAGCGCUGAAACAGGACACCUCUGCUGGACCUGCUCACUGAGUCUCCAAUCACACAACAACGGCCUCGGCUGCUUUUACUUUUUAAAUGACAUCAAUAGAUGCUUGAAAAAUCAGAUCAGGACGUGUUCUGACUUGCAGUUAAAAAAUGACAACCAUCUAUAAUUCUGUUUGGGUGAAUAAAACAGGCAGCUAAACUAA